AUGAUAAAGCAUUACAUAAAGUUAUGCUUGAAAGUACUCUUUUUUCUAUUUUUAAGCUACGAUUUUGUCAUUUUGAAGAAUGAGAAUAAUAACAAUGUCGUUCAAUCGAAUAGAGGUUUUUUAAAAGAAAGCUAUGAAUUUUUAUUUGUUCAGAAGGAUAUUUUCCCAUCAUAUAUAAAUCGAGAUAAUCAAAUAUCAAUAUAUUUUUGUAAGUCUUGACAAUCUAAUUAUGUUUUAAGUCGAAUAAAAAAAUAUUUCGACUUUUUGAAUCAUGGGGAAGAUACGGAAAUUUAUUUUGAAGAUGACACUUAUGUAGCAGACUAUGAUAAUAGCAGUUACGAUCGUGAGAAUGGUGAUUAUAAAUAUGUAAUAUUCUUGAGAAACAUUAAAGCAGCACUAAUUUAUCGAUUAAUAUGUUCCUUUGUUUUCUUUAUUUAUGUUCUCAUAGCAGGAAAUAUGAUUUUUCCGAAUUACUUAAAUGCGUUCACACCACAGCUUCUUUUAGACAACCCAAGAUUUAACGAAACAUUUGAAAAUAUGAGGAAGAAAAAACUUAUGGUAUUUGCACUCAUGUUUUUUUCUUACAAUAUCAUAUAUGGGAUGUUGUGUAAUACCAAUGUAAUUCAUGUGUAUCAAAACAGGAAUUUGAUUUAUGACGACCAUUAUACCGAUUCCUUGUUCGUUAAGAGCAUGCAGGAGAAUAUGACACGUGUGUAA